AUGGACAAUAACAGCAUAAUUCCAGAACUGGCUUCCGCAGCGUACUUACCGGGAUAUACUGGUUGUGUCGAGUCCUGUGGAGGGUUGGCGUGCGGCUGCCUUUUACCCCUGCCAGCCUGCUCCUUUUAUAAAGUGGCACAUCUACCGCAGUCAAGCAAUGUAUAUGAAGCGUUCGACUGCUUGGAAUGGAAACCCAUCGUACGCUUAAUGAUCCGUUCGUCAUUGUUCAGCAAAAACGUAGAGAAAGAUCUGGUCCUAACACCUUACGUAGCAGAGCGUGUUGACGACAUGUCAAUUACUGUCACAUCAUUAGCGAGAUUACAAGUCCCGCUGUUGGACACCAGGUUUAUAACCUCACACAACGAGACUCUCGCCCUUCCAUACCAUUAUAAAUUACCAGUCGAAUGUCCUACGGUAUCUAUGGCUUUGAAUCAUUUUGAGAAGUGCCACAGCAAAGUAAUAUGCGAUUGUGAUGCGGCCAAGUCACCAGUUCAAUGCCAUUGCCCUCCAGAGACCAUAUAUAAUCUGCGCUCUUCCAUAUCGAAUGUCUUGCCAAUUACCGCUGCAAACGUAAUUAUCGGCAACAGCAAUGGACUCGUAGCUGCCACCCUAGCUGCCGCAGAAGUUACGGUAUCAAUGGAGGCCUCGGCAUUGCGCAACAGUGCCGAAUACGUAUUACAGCAAGACUGUAAAAUUGAUUUUUCCUCGUUACAUGGGUGCUAUGAUUGUCAAGAGGGCGCUAUAGUCUCCGUGCGCUGCUAUACAAAGGAACCUACGUGGGUGGUUAUUCAGUGUGACGACAAUAUCUUUUCGACAGAAUGCGGGCCUACAGCAAAAGAAACGAAUAAUAUCCUAGCGUUUCAAAGAGCAAUAAUUAAUCAAAAAUGUUAUGCUCAAUGCAAUAAUAAACCCGUGCAAAUCGAUCUCAACGGAACUUUAGCAUUCUUGCCAAAUGCCAGCGAUGAAGACAUAUUCAAUUCCCAAGGUGCGUCUUUGCAAUCCGACUCCACCUGGUUUUCGGACUUGAAGAUCCCUGACUUUUCACCUAUUCUAUCAGCAAUAGGAAACCAUUGGAAAUUGUCCGUAGGCAUAUUCGGGAUUACGACACUGUUGCUCCUCUUGACUUACCUUGCAGGCCCUGCAGUGAUCAUCCUUAUGCUGAAAAUCCUGACAACUUGCGUGGAAAGUAUGCUAAAAGUCAUCGCCUCUGCAGUGUCUCUGGCUGUGGGGACCCUAAAGAAACGGCUGCAGGCGUAG